GGCGGUCCGUCUUCUAAAAAGUCAAGAAAAUGCGAUACUGCUGAUGGUGAUGCUACCGAAAACGGAGUUCGCCCUCGUGUUGUGGGGGCGCCUCCUGCUGACGUAGAAUCGGCACUACCUCUAGCUCUACCGCGCUCAUGGUCGUAUGUUCGGCCGCUACCAUUUGCGAAAGGCCAGGAGGUCUCAGUAGAAGAUACUUGCGGAGUAUGGCGUGACG